AUGCCCAUGGGAUCUCCAUCAUCACCAGUUAUAGCGGACAUCAUUAUGGAAGAGUUACUCAAAAAAUUCGAACAAGAAUCGGUCAAUAAGCCACGACUUCUUACUAAGGUGAUACCAGAAUGGAUCCGUAACACGACUAGCAUACAAAUUCCAACCGAUAUUCAGUGGCUUCUUUCUCUGGGUCCUAAACAUGCCUUACCCAUAGACAACAAAGAAUUUCCACUAUUUAAAGAAAUUGCAGACGGGGAGAACUAUAUACAAACAAUUAAAGACAAAGAGAAACAAGAGAUGGAAAGAAACAACUUGACGACACUGCCACGUGACCACCUCAACAAGAAGACAACUUCAGUUAGAGAUAAAUUUAUAAGUGAUACCCUACGUUCCGCAAAACUGUUCUUAAAAAAUCAUAAAGAGCUUUUGAUCCUUAAUGCCGAAAAGGGCAAUGUAACUGUGUUGAUGGAUAAAUCAGAAUAUGACAUAAAAAUGCAGACUAUAGUCAACGAUAUUUCCACAUACAAAGUUUUAAAACGUGAUCCUACUAAUAGACUACAGGACAAGAACAACGAACUAGUUGAGAAAAUGUUCAGUAAUAAAAUUAUUGAUGUAAAAGAAAAGAAUGCGCUUUUGUGUAAAACAGCCAAUCCACCACGAAUCUAUGGCUUACCAAAGAUUCACAAAGAAGGAAAUCCACUCAGACCUAUUUGUUCGUCCGUCAAUUCCCCGUCUAACAAUUUAUGUAAAUAUGACGUCAAAAUCCUGAAAAAUGUAACCAUGUCCUCCGUAUAUAAUGUCAAAGACGCGAUCGAAUUCAAGAACAAGAUCAAGGAUACAUAUGUUUAUGAUGAUGAGAGUCUAGUGUCGUUCGAUGUUGUGUCAUUGUUUCCGAGUAUUCCAGUGGAUUUGGCCCUUGAAAUCAUAGCUUCAAAGUGGGAAGAUAUAAAAGAGUACACAUAUAUGUCUAAAGAACUUUUUUUGACUGUGCGCUCAGGUAUGCCCAUGGGAUCUCCAUCAUCACCAGUUAUAGCGGACAUCAUUAUGGAAGAGUUACUCAAAAAAUUCGAACAGGAGUCGGUCAAUAAACCACGACUUCUUACUAAAAUUGGCGAACUGAACUGA